CCUCUCCCUUUUUUUUCUCUUCCUCUUCUUCUCCCUCCUCAUCUUCCUCCCACACAUCCUUCACAAUGGCCUUCGGAAAGCUCUACGGUUCCCCUGAGAACGGUCGCACCAUUGCCUGCCUCGUCGCGGCUAAGGCCAACGACGUUGAGGUUGAGCUGGUCAAGACUGAGGCUAACUCUGCUGCCUCUUUCAACCAGUCCGCUGAGUACACCAAGCUCAGCCCCCUCGGCAAGGUCCCCGCCUUCGAGGGUGCCAACGGCUACACUCUGUCUGAGGUCAUUGCCAUCGCUGUCUACCUGACCUCCCAGAACGAGAAGACCACCCUCUUGGGCAAGACCAAGCAGGACUAUGCUUCCAUCCUCCGCUGGUUGUCUUUCGCCAACUCCGAGAUCAUCCCCCGCUUCGGUGCCUGGUACCGCCCUCUCUUGGGUCUUGACGGCUACAACAAGAAGAACGUCGAGGAUGCUGCCAAGGCUGCUGUGAAGAACGCUGGCGUUCUUAACACCCACCUCAUUGCCAACACCUUCCUUGUUGGCGAGCGCAUCUCCCUGGCUGAUUACUUCACUGCCGCUCUCCUCACCCGUGCCUUCGCUACCGUCCUGGACAAGAAGUACCGUGACGAGAACGUUGCCAUCACCCGCUGGUACAAGACCAUCGUCAACCAGCCCGCCUUCAAGGCUGUCUUCGAGAACCCCGUCUUCGUCGAGGAGUGCAUCAAGUACACUCCCCCCAAGAAGGAGGAGAAGCCCAAGAAGGAGGCAGCCCCCGCUGCUGCCGCUGAGCCCAAGCCCGCUGAGGAGAAGAAGCCCAAGCACCCCCUUGAGGCUCUUGGCCGCUCCGAGUUCGUCCUUGACGAGUGGAAGCGCCAGUACUCCAACGAGGACACCCGCCCCGUUGCUCUGCCCUGGUUCUGGCAGAACUACAAGCCCGAGGAGUACUCCCUCUGGUCCGUUAACUACAAGUACAACAACGAGCUGAAGCUUACCUUCAUGGCCAACAACCUGAUCGGUGGUUUCCACGCCCGUCUUGAGGCUUCCCGCAAGUACCUCUUCGGUGCCCAGGCCGUCUACGGUGCCAACUACGACUGCGUCAUUCAGGGUGUCUUCCUGGUCCGCGGCCAGGACUCCAAGCCCGCUUUUGAGGUCGGCCCCGACUGGGAGAGCUACGAGUUCCGCAAGCUUGACCACACCAACGCUGAGGACCGCAAGCUCAUUGAGGACCAGUGGGCUUGGGACACCCCCGUUGUCAUCGAGGGCAAGGAGUACCCCUUCGCUGACGGCCACGUCUUCAAAUAAGCUGGUGCGUUAGACGUAGCCAAUUCAUGAUGAUGAUAUCCCACUUUUUCCCCCCCCCUUCUCUCGUUGGGUAGUCGUCUGAGAUGAAACUCGACCUUUAAAUAACCUCCGUCUCUUUCUCCUCAAACCGAGGCGUGGGAGAGCUCUCGUGGGGAUAGUAUGUUCAGGGCGCUAUUUCCCGUCCGGUCAACAUCUAUCUCAUCUGAUUGCUUUUUCCCUACCUUGGUGUCAUUUACCCCCGCCCUUUUUUUUUACAUAUCCACGCUACCCAUGAUGGAACGGUUUACGUGUUUUCAUUCUUCGUCGACUCCUUCCAAAAGAAAACUUUUUCUUCCUCUAUUUAUUUCACGCGUAAUGCCACGCUUACGAUUGAUAUGGACCAUAGCAGUAGCUAGUCAAAAACAAACCCACUAGCACUUUGUGCUUUCCAUGAUCAUGAC